CCAGCGCAGUCUCGUCGAGCAGGUAGACCGAGGAGCGCGGCGUGACGCGUUCGCGUGGCUCGCGUCGACCGGCUCACCGCCACGGCCGUCACCCCAGGCGGAGUCAUGAGGGCUGUGGACUUCCUCGAAGCCCUCGAUUCGCGGCUGGUCUAUUUGCCCGGCGGCCACGACCGCGAAGGUCGACCCUUGAUCGUGGUGAACAUGCCCUCGGAACCGCAGUCCGGGACAAAGUCGCUCCUGGAAAAACUGCUCCGAUAUUUCAUCGAGAUCUUCAGCGAAGAGACCAAGUCGAAUGGGUUCACGAUCCUCGUAGACGCUCAGCGAGAAGCUUGGCGCGUGGCUCGGGGGUGCAUCAGACAAGCCUCAACCUCCUGCGGAGCAGCCAAAGUCCUAGUCAUCGUCCUUCGGCAGGAUGGGUUCUGGGAGAAGCACGUCGACAAUUGCACCAAGUCGCACAAAGAGGGAGAGCCCCUCUUCGUCCCAUUGGCAAAGUUGUCCGCCCACGUGGAAAUCUCGCAGCUGCCCCCCGAGUUGGGGGGAUCCAAAAACUACAGUCAUUCGGACUGGAUUCAAACACGAAUCCACCUCGAGGAUUAUCUUAAAGACGCUACGGACGUGUCGGAGAAGCUUACCGAUCUCCACGAGAAACUGCGCACUGCCAGAGAAUCGAGGAAUUCAGAAUCCGACGAGGCUUUUAGGGACUAUUCCGAAGCUACUACGGAGCUGAGAACUGCAGCGAGACACAUUCUUCAUUCAGGUAGGAAUGUGGUGAUGAGUAUCAACAGGGAGUCUUCGCAGGAUGUUUUGGACACCGUUCAGCGAGUCCAAGCCUUCCUGGAUUCCAUAGAUUUGAAGCAGGUGGAUAUCAAAAACGCCUUAAUGGAACUGGAACGGCACUUGGGAUACGUCAAAGAGAUAAAAAGCCUCGAGGAGGGCGUGGCCAGGGUGACCAACUGGAUUCUCGGACCUGCGGAUUCGAUGCUCAAUUCCAGGCAUCGCGUCGGUUUCGACGUCACGUCUUCGGAGGAACUGCGACGAGAACACGAAGCGCUGGAGCUUCAGUGUAGAGACACGUACGGUCGCUACGCGGAACUGCUGCACAAGAUAGACAAUAUCCCCGCAGAGUCUCUACCAAAGGAUUUGAAAUCGCAACGGGAUUUUAUGGACUUCGUUUGUAGAAGUUUUGCCUCACGUUUGGAACGUAGACGAAACGUUCUGAUAACCUCGCAAAGAUUUUUCAGGCUGGUUUCAGAGUACUUUGACCGCACUAGCGAAGUCUUCGACAAGCUGGUGAUGGGUAACAAGGUCUACAACUUUUCUCAGGCUGGCGCGAAGCUGGUGAAGCUUGAGAAGAACCAGUCAGUUCUUGAGGCCAUCGAGCGUGAGUUGGUUAAGGAGGGUGAGAAGCUUUCGGACGUUCUCUCGAUGCCUGUCAAGGAUGCUCUAGGCCGGGACAUCCGCGUCGAUUAUGGCGAGGACAUCGUGAACGUCCGUGACAUUUUGGACGCGACGAACGCUAGGAAGAACAUCUUCAGCGACAGUGUAGAACUUCAGAAGCUCACCCUGAAGCAAGUCGCGCUUAUACAUACCUACGAGAAUGAUGCGGAACAGGCGGUACAAUGGAUCGGUGACUUGUUCAAGGUCCUGAUCAAAAGCCACGUUCAGAUCGGGUGCAACGUCAAUGAGAUACAGUCCCAGAAGGACGAGCAUCUGUCCUUUCAGGAAACUGCUAAGGGAACUUACGACUACGGAUGCCAACUACUGAACGGAGCCCGAGUCCUCAGAAUGUCCUGCAAACUUCCGCUCGAUGAAAAUACCAGCAUUUCUUCAAGGUUGUGGCAGGCUUGGCGACAGCUGCGAUCCGUGGGUCAGGAACAGCUCACCAGGCUUCGAGUUUGCGCCGUUUUCCACCGGAGCGUCGAAGACCACUGCACCCAACUCGAGGACCUUAUCGAGACGGUUGUGGCUCUGGGAAAAGGAUCUUCACAGUCAAGUUCAUCGGUGAUGAUGCGCGUUGAAAUGCGGGAGGUUCUAGCCGAUCGGGAAAAAUUGCUACUCGAAGUUGGUCGGAUGGUGAGACUUGGACGGCUUCUGAGAACGCGGUUGAAAGAGCCGCUCUGUCCUCGAGGAAUGUCCGAUGACGAGACGUUGGUCGGUGGCGGAAAUCUGACGGCGGUUGAGGCGAUUUCCAAUCGUCUGGCGGAAGUUACGCGGCUUGCAGAGCGCCUGGAUUCCCGUCUUUGCAAGGCAGGUGCCAGGAGUGACGAGGCGGAAGCAAAACAAGUUGCGUCGACUUCUUCGCCCUCCGUAACCGACGAAUCGGAUGCCCGGAAGUGCGACCAAGAGUCCGACGUCAAAACGGGCGUCGACGUCGCCGCCGGAAUACGAAAGAUGCUGGAAUCAGCCUCCAGCGAACAUCAACCGGUGAAAAAUCAAGAAAUGAGCAACAAUCUAUCAGAAAAGGGUGGGGCCAAAACGAAUCACACCCUUAGCAAUGGCGCCGAAGAAAUUCCUGGCGAUGAUUACGCGACUGCAACUGAAUGCUCGAUGAAUUCUGCCCAGGUCGAGUCAAGGAGUGGAUCGUUCACGACGGCCUCCGAAUGCGGUGACACUGCUUGGUGGGACGUUGAAGUGCCAGCGUCCGACGUUGAGAACGUCGAGAUACCGGAAUUGAAGGGCGAAGAAAUAGAUUCGAGAUUCUGCGGCUCUGAAAAAAGAUCGAAACUGAUCGGAUUGCCGGGACAGAUGCAGGAAGCGGAUGGGCAGGUAGAGACACCGGAGAUCGAUAGAUCGAGUGCCAGCACGAUCGUCAAGCAGACGACCGAGGAAAAAUCCGGGAAGGUCCUUAAGGAGGUCACGGAGACGACGACGCUCCGCGUUUCGCAGAGCACCCACUUUGGCGUGACGUCAUACAAACUGACGUCAAACACCCUUCGCGACAACCAUGAGCACACCGAUAUCAAAGAGCUGCAGGACCUCAGAGAAAUCACGCGACUUUCGGAACCCGGACAAGAUCCUCUCGCCGGCGUUCAACACCUCGAAGCCGAGAAAAUUCUCCGAGACAUCGAUAAGCAGAUUGUCGGAAAAAUUAGCGAUGAAAUUCUGCCGAUUUGCCCGAGAAAGGACGAUUCGCAGGACAGCGACGCGUCUCAGGAGAGCGUCAGGGAGCACAGCCGUCUUCUAAAGUUUACGAAGACAACGCGUGAAACGGAGUCGAAACCAUCUUCGUCGGAUCACGAAGAAGAAUGUCGAGAUUCCGAAGAGGCGAAUGAAUCGAGAGGAGAAUCGUCGACGUUGGCGGAAGCAUCGAAUCGGGAAAUCGAAGAGAAAAGCUCGUUGGAUGUCAAUCACGUCGACGACAGCGGAAUCGAGACAACGCCGAACGGAAAGAACUCGACAGACGAAGAGGAGCUGCUCGAGAGAAUGAAGAAGAGCGGAGAAUGGCUGGAAUUAAAAGUACUCGAGGUCCAGCCGUCACUGACGAAGCUUGGAUCGACGGUACAAGAAGCAACGGAGCUUCUAAAUGCACACGACGAGGUUCUUCUUCAGCUACAGAACAAACAGAGCCCGGUUGAGGAGCUGCUGAGACAGGCUGACCAGUUGAUUUCAACCCAACGGCCCCGGGCUGAGGUCUACGCCGCAAUGGCCGACACCCUGGGUCAGGCCUGGAGAGAUGUGAAUGCCCACCUGGAGAGACGGAAGCAAAUACUGGACAACAACGCGCUCUUUCAAAGGCGAGCCGAAGAGUACCGGGAGAACAUGAAGGCCCUCGAAAUGGCCUGCAACGACACUCUUCUACCCAUCGAAAUUGAGGCGGUGAAGAAUUUUCUCACCAAGAUCCAUGACCUGAGGAAAACCAUGCUCGAGUCCCUGAUGAGCGCCCUUCAGGAUGGGAAAACCCUUCUCGACUCGCUGAGGGAGGUCGCUAACGAAGGGACCCUUGACUCGAGGCCCGACUACGUCAAGACUGAGGCUGAACAGGCGAUACUGGAGGUUGAAAAAUGGCUCGAGGCUCUCCACGACAAGCGACGGCUGAUCGAGCUCUCCUUCCAGUGUCGUAAAACCCAGCUAGAACAGUGCCUCGCCUUGGCUUUGCUCGCCACCGACCUCAGAGACCUCGAGGAUAUUCUUAACGACAGGAUAGCCGCCCUUGCGAGCAGCAGCGAUCAGCUCGGCGAUUCUUCGGCCAGUGCUGAACUUCUUCUAUUCGAACUGAAGAAGUUGCAGCCAGAAGCAAAGGACUUCCAAGACAAGGGUAUCAAGAUCACCAAAUCCACCGAGCAGCUCGUAUCCUCGGGACAUUUCGCUGGCGAACAAGCCACCGAACAGGCUUACGCCAUCCUCAGCGCUUGCGCCGACUAUAUUAAUGAUUUGGAACAGUACGAAACAAUGCUGAACAAGGCAAUUGCAUUCUUCAGGUCAGCCCAAUCGGCGCUAACGAAGCUUGACCAGCUGGAAAUCCAGCUCAUCACUACUGAGCAUCCGGCCCAUUCUCCCCGACUGGUUCAACUCCACGCUCAGUCUGCGGCAGCUUUGGAAGACGUUACUGCACAACCUCUUUCCGAGGGAUACGCGCUCUUGGACGUUACUGGGAGAGGAGCACCUGGCGCUGAAGGUGUUAGAAGGGUCGUCGAAGAUCUGGAGAACCGUAAAAUCCAGCUGAUCAAUCAAUGCACAGCUCACAACGAGCAGAACCUUGAGAUCAGCCAAGCGCUGACAACCUUCCUUGAGACCCACAACGAGCUUUAUUCGUGGCUGGUGAGCAUUGCCGAGGCUUUUCUUCAGGGACACCAGGACAUGGGAAGCGUUUUACCGAUGGCAAAGGACUUCUACGAUCUUCACUACCAGCUGCUUAGCGAUCUGCAGAAGAAGGGAGAGGAGAUCAACGCUGCCCUCCACACCCUGCCUCCGGUGAUCGAAUACCUGGACGAGACCCAGCGACGUGACGUUGAUCAGAAGGUUGACGACCUUCACGGCCAUUGGUUGAAGCUGAAGAAUCUAGUCGAUGCUCGAAUAGAGCUCAGUUCUCUUUACGUCAAGUUUCAUACCGUGGCUUCGGAGCUUGCUGGCGAAAUAGACUCCCUUGAAGACGAGUUCAAGCGAAAUUCCCCGGAGAAUAUCGAAGAGGAAAGGGUCAAGAAGCUUGAACAGAAAUGGAUGGCGCUUCAACCUCUGUACCUGAAGCUUACGGCUAGUGGGAAAAAGUUUUUGGACGCGUCGAGAGAGACCGUCGAUCCGUACCUCGACAUUCCUCGAGCUUGUCUGUGCGUCGAGACGUUGCUGGAACAUUUCGCAAAUCGUCAAUUAAUUAUCACCGAAUCAUGGGAGAGUUGGCAGACCAAUUUAACCAUCGUCGAAGAAUGGAAAAUCCAACGGGAACGAAGUCUCGAAGAAAGCAACAAGACUCUCGAGUGGGUUUCAAAGUUUGGGGAUGAAUUAUAUCCGGUGAUCAGUUCAGACCUACCAAAGGCUUCCGAAAUUCUUAAAGACUUGGAAGUCUCUCGAGCUACAAUUCUUUCAGAGCUACGAAAAGCAGUAACUGAAUUGAACACAAGAAUGAAGAGCGUCGAUGCUCUCUCACAAAAUGACAAUUCAAAACAAAGUGCGGAAAUUCGAAGGAAACUGUCUGACGUUCACGAGCACCUGCAGACGACGACAACGGAGUAUCAGAUCCUUCUGGAAAUGUUGAUAUCGAUAUUCAAAAGCUUGGAAGAGGUAGAGAUACAGCGCAAAAGUGUCGACGAGAAACGCCAGGCGUCCACCCAAGUGCCGAAAACUAUUGCCGAGGUUGAGGAUUUAAUCUUGAAACACAAUGUCAAAAAUGAGUCUGUCAGCGAAAUUAUAAAAUUCAUCAAUUCUGAGACCGAACAAGCCAUUAAAAGAAUUGAAUACCAGGAACCUCCAGAGGCGGCAUCGCAAGAUAUUAAUAAACUGAAACGAGUGACGGAAGGGGCAGAAUCGUCGUGGAAAAGUUCGUGGACGGAAAGAAAAUCGCAGCUGGAUGAACAGCUUCAAUUGGCAACUUUCGAUGCCGACCUUAGCAAAAUUAAUGCAAACAUAGAUGAGCUCAGCAGGAAACUGGACGCCGUUAAGGGAAAAUAUGGUGAAAACUUAGCAGCAGCAAAAUCGACCUCCGAUUCCUUUGUCCAGUUUGAAAAAACGAUAACGAUCUUAGAGGAACGAAUCGAGACGUUCAUAAAGACAACAACGGAAACGAUUACCGAAACUUAUACACUAGCUCCCAAGCUCCGUCGCGAACUGUCGGAUCUUGAAGAGAAGUGGAGCAAUCUGAAGGAGAAGGUAACGGAGACGAAACAAAACGCCGAUCUCAGUGUGGAGUACUUCAAGCUUCUCGACGAAGCCGAAGAGUGGUUCAGGGACGGCAGCAAACUCUUGGUAACGAUCGCCAGGAGGGCGACAUCUGUCAAGGAACCCGAAGACGCCGUCGCCCUCCUCAACGACGUCGAUACUUAUCUCAAACCUGGCGAAGAAAAGCAAGAGAAACGAAUCGAAAAAAUACGAAAACUAUCUACCGAGGUCUUCGGUACCGAGAGACUACCUCAAUUCAGCAAAGUCAUCGUGGAGAAUCGGGAGAUGCUGGACUCGUUUAGCAUCGUCUCCUCCGAGCUGCACACUCUUGUUCAGAACUUGAAGAAUGCAGAGGACCUUCGUGACAAGCUGAAGAAGGAGCAGGAGGACGCCGAUGCGAAACUGAGUGCGGCCAAGGCGGAAACGCUGGCUGCUCAGGCGGCCGCAGCGGAGGCUGAAAGCGCCAGACAAGUUGCGGAAGCGAUGGCAGCGAGGACCGUUGAGAAGGCGGCCGAAGAAGCCAGACGGCUGGCUGAACUGGAACUGGAAAGGGCCAGGCAGGCCCAAAUCGAGAGACAGAAGGCCCAAACUCCUGUUUCCACCCAGACAGACGCUCCACCCGAGACCAGGGACUCAAAGGAUUCGACGGACGAGAUUGGCACCCAGAUUAUCGAGGAAAUAACGACGUCGGCCAUCACAAAGGAGAUUCACAUUUUACAAAAGACUGAAAUGCAAGAGGCCAUACCAUUGCCACCGCGUCCUCCGACCCCUCAGAGGGAGCCAAGUCCGCCAAAACAGCCAAAGAUUGAGGACGACAUCCCGGAUCCGAUUCCCCCCCAGUUCACCCUCCCUCUUAACAACGCCACGAUCCAAGAGGGUGAAAGGUUGACCUUUGAAUGUCGACUCAUCGGGUUCCCCGUCCCAGAGGUCAUUUGGUACAAGGAUGGUAUCUCGAUUCAGAACAAUCCAGACUAUCUGACGAGCUAUGACCAAGGAAUUUGCACCCUCACCAUCGAGGAGACCUUCGCCGAAGACUCCGCCCAAUUCGUUUGCAAAGCGUUUAAUUCCGCCGGGUCCGCUGAGACCGUUGCCACUUUGACAGUCAAGGAAACGUCACCUGAGGAGCAGCUUAGCGCCCCGAUAUUCACGCGGACUUUGACACCAACUUAUGCAACCGAGGGUACGUCCCACAAGCUGGAAUGCACUGUCGAAGGAAAUCCCUUGCCAACGGUUCAGUGGUUCAAGAACGAAUCCAACAUCGACAAUUCCCCAGACUACGUCAUCACUUAUAAUAACGGCGAAGCCGUUCUUAGGUUCGAGGAAGUCUUUCUCGAGGACCAGGCGACCUACACUUGCAAAGCAACGAAUCAAGUCGGUCAUGCAUCCACCUCGGCCUCUCUGUCAGUUAAAAUUUCCGUGCCGACCGAAGUUCCAUCAUUCGUAACACCACUUUCCAACGUGAUGGCGAGGACGGGACAAAAAGUGAAACUAGAGUGCGAGGUCAAGGGAAUCCCACCGCCAAAUCUGAGCUGGACUCAUGACGGAAAAUUCAUCAAGGAGACUUCAGACUUGAAAAUCGAAACUGAGGGUGGAAAAUCGGUGCUGAUAAUAUCGGAAGCCUUCCCGAAGGACGCCGGAACCUACGUCGUAUCGGCAAGAAAUCUUGCCGGUGAAGCGACCAGCUCCUCUAACGUAACGGUCAAGGGUAGGAUCCCAAACGAGACCAGCGAUUCCGAGACAAAUUACGACAUCGAGCCGGUGAAACCCCGGAUUCAAAUACCGCUCGAAAACAUGGAAGUUAAGGAAGGCCAACCAGUCCGUCUGGAUUGCAUAAUCGUCGGUCAACCCGAACCGGAAGUGAUCUGGUACCACAACGGAGAGCCGGUCAAGGAGUCCGCUGACUUCCAGCUGCUCUUCCAGGGUGAUCGGUGCACCCUCAUAAUUCACGAGGCCUUCGUCGACGACGGGGGUAAUUACAAGGUCGUCGCCAUCAACUCGGCGGGCGAGGCUUCAAGCGAGUGCGUCUUGUCGGUCGUUCCUGUAACUCCUGAUGUGGAUGCGGACGUAGAGGUAGAGGUAGAGGCAGAGCCAGAGCCAGAGGUAGAGGCGAACCCCAAAACUCAGGUAGAAAUUGUCGAGGCCGGUUCUCCACCCCGGUUUACCAAACUGUUGACCGAUUUGCUCGUUGCCGAGGGAGAGAAGAGCGUGUUCGAAUGCGCCGUGACCGGGGAGCCAAAGCCAGAGAUCAAGUGGCUCUUGAAUAACAAGGAAAUAUCUCCCAGUGAUAGAAUUGAGAUCAAGGACGGAGAGUUCGGUUCCUCCAUUCUCGAAAUAUCGCGAACACUUCCGGAGGACAAGGGCAACUAUAUUGUCAAGGCGACCAAUUCCUUGGGCGAGGCGAAGGCGUUCGCUCAUCUGAUCGUAAAAUCGCUCGGAGAUUUGCUGCAGACAAGUGAGGAAAUGGUGCAGAUGGAAGAGAAGCUCGUCGCUCCAACGUUCAAGGAAAUAUUCUCUGACAAGAUCAUCAUCGCCGGAAAUACAACCAAGUUCGAGUGCAUUGUUGUCGGAAAACCGACGCCUAAGACCCAAUGGCUUUUCAAUGGUCAGCCUGUCUGCGGCAAAGGGUUCCUCGUCUCAAUGAGCGGUGAUCGCCAAGUAUUGACAGUUCCGGAUGCCCAGGAUGGUCUGAACGGAACCGUGUCUUGCGUGGCCGAAAAUAGUGUGGGAAAAGCUGCCUGCACCGCCUCUCUUGAAGUCUGCAGUGGGGCGAACGCUGCAGAGGAGAAAGAGGUAGCCCUGGUCCAUAUCCCAGCUGACGAAAUGCAGUCGGUUAACAGUAGCGAGAAACACUUCUCGGCGGAGACGUCGAAGGAAUUGGGCGGCUCGCAAAGCACCGUCACGAAGAUGUCUUCGACCGUCACUCAGUCCUCCUCGUCGCACACGUCAAGCGUCAGAGAAUUUUCGUCGACGACUUCUUCCUCCACGGUUCCCGGUCAAGCUCCGACGAGUGUCUGCGUGAAGUCGACAAAGCAGUCCAGCGAGCUCUCUACUUCAGAAAAUGGCGGGCCUCCUGUGGUUCAGUCUCACAAGGUGGAGGAGUUCGAACGAAUAUUCCAGGACAAACCUGGUGAAAUACGACAAGAGAAAACUGUGAUUGUGUCCAAGGAUGAAGACCUGCAGAAGGAGAGCAAAGUCAUCGUUCAUAAACCGACUCGCAAAAAUGUUUCACCGAGGUUCGUUUCGCCUCUCACGGGAAUGAUCGUCGACCAAGGAGCCGACGUCGUCAUCGAGGGCAUAAUUGACGGAUUCCCGCAACCGGCUGUUACCUGGUUGAAAAAUGGACAGGAGUUGAAAGCCAAGGAUGGAUUAAAGAUCAGCUUUGAGCACAAUCACGCUCGGGUCGAGCUCAGGAACGUUAACGUUAAGGACGCUGGGCGUUACACCUGCACGGCAAUAAACGACGUAGGAACUGCGAGCAGUACAGCCGACCUCGUUGUCAAAAAGACAAUCUUCCCACCGGUGUUUGGCAGACGUCUCCAAGCGCAGGUAGUGAAGCGAGGUGAUCGAGUGAUAAUGGAGGUAGAAAUCACAGGAAGCCCUGAACCCACUGUAACGUGGUACAAAAACGACGCGGUAUUGACGGAAGGAACCACAGGCAUCAGACUGAAGAACCAAGGCAACUGCUACUCGCUGAUUCUCGAAAGAGCCGAGAAGGAACACGCUGGCAAAUACAUGGUGCGUGCUACCAACGCUGGAGGCGAAGCCCAGAGCAUCGCGGACUUUGCUGUAUUCGAACCAACGCCUGACACGAUGGUCGAGGUCCACAAGACUGUUGUCUAUGAGAAUGUGAAGCAAGAGGGAAUCGUCCAGCCGGGCAGUACGAAGGGUGAGAAACCCGGGGCUAAUCUGACGGCGGAGCACAUCUCAACGACGACGAUACAGCCGAGUGCUGGACUUGUCGGCUUGACCCCAUCCUUUUCUCCCACUUCCGAUUCCUCCCUAAGAACGACACAGGUUAUACAGACGGUCCAGCCGUCGUCCGAGUCGAAGACAACUCGAUCGGAGACCAUAUCGUCGGUCGUAGAAUCUCACCAGAGCGAAAUGAAGUCCGAGCAAAAGUUCCACAUGAAACUGGAACACAAGACUCCGCUGAUUUCCAUGCCGCAAAAGGCGCCGGAAGUCGCCUCGACAACGACUAACGUGGUGACCGAGGUGACCAAAGACGACUUCGGCACUGUUGAGGAAAAGACGAUGGAGGUGAUCGAAAACGAGAACGUCGAGACGUCAACGAUCGCGAAAAAGGAUGCACUGAGCUUUUUCGAGUCGAAAUCUAAGGAGGUUGAAAACCUCCCCAAAGGUCCGAAAGAAAUGAUAAAACUCCACGAGGAAUCCGGGGGGCCGGCACUUGAUGUCAAGGUGAACAAGCUGACCCAGAACUACGAGCGCAGUACGAAGUACGAGGAGGUGAAGAAGCCGGAAACGACCACCGAAUUUCAAACGACAAAGAGGGCGGUCCAGGAUAUCUUCACCAAGAUAGAACGAGGUUCGACGUCAAGGGGCGUCGAGAAUAACCUCAUCGAGUUUCCUUACGAAGGAUACAAGCUCGCGCCCCUCGAGAUAAAGCAAACCAUCCUCGAGGACGUGACCGCUUCCGGUUCACCGAUCCACGGUACCCUCACUAUAUCGAAGCUUCAGGCCCAGUCGGAGAGCGCUGAGGCGAUGAUGACAGGGUUCAACCUGGUCCCGGAACCACCUCCGGAAAUUGGGUACAUGCCGAAGGUCGACGCGGCGAAAAAAAAACGCCCUGAUUUGUCGGUUAAAAUAAAGCAGCUAGAGGAGUCCCACAAAAAUUUAUCCCCCCUUGAAGCUCCAAUUGGCGGUGUUAGAAUAUUCCCAUCCCCAGCACCGAAACUUGAGCCCAAAAUCGAGACCCCGAAGCCACAGCCCCCGAAGACCUUCAUCCCCCCACCCUUUGAGCUCGAGAAAAAAGAAGUCAUCGAGGAGGUGUGCGUGAAGAAAUCUGUGAAAUCCGAACCCCCAAAAUUCGCCUCGACCUCGACAGCGCAACCAGCUUCUCCAAAGCUUCCUUCCCCGGGUCCGUUCGGCCAGACCGACACGUCCUACACCUCGGACUUCGAGACGCGGUCCCACGUGUCGACCGACCUUUCAGAGUACAGAUGUCAUUCGGUGGCAUCCUCGGGUCUCGCGGAGCGUGCGACGUCACCGAAGCCCUCGGCGGAUGGCAUAGCGAUGGAAAAAUCAUGGGCGAGGAAGCACGUGGAAUCGAGUAAAAAAUCCUGGCCUCCACAGCAGGAGCACGUCUAUUCCCAAAAGCAAUGGGCACCGGGUCAGGACAUAAAGACUUCGUCACACGAGACGAGUCAUGAGGUGAAAGAGACGCCUUCGGGCGGGCUCAUCUCCACGAACAUCGAAUCGUCCAGCUCGAUGGAAAGUAAGUCGUGGAGCACGCGGGAAGAGCACGUGUUCAAGGCGAUUUCUCAUCCCCCAGCGACUCCGCUUCCACCACCAAAGCUGAUACCGAAGCCGAUAAUCUACAACGCGGAGACGAUCAUGGUCGACCAUAAGGUCAAUGCUGUUGAGGAGAAAUCGAUAAAGGAGAAAUACACGUCGGAGUGUGACGUCCAUCGCACGGAAUCUACCGAGAAGACUAUAAUCGAGGAAAACGGACUGCGCCCAUCCGCCAUUAAAAAUAGCUGGCCCCCGGGGCUCGGGAAAUCCAAAGAGCUGAAGGCCCCGCAGCUCGUUAAUAGCUUAGACAUGCAACUGUAUUAUCUCGGGGAGUCCGAACCCGAGCUUGAGCUUGAGCCUGGACCUCCGCCGGAAAUCGGCUACGUUCACGGUCCCAUCGUGCGCGAGAAGAAGGUCGAAAAGAUCGAAAAAACCCUAGAAAUGAGCCUUGAGCAAACUCCGAGUAAAAUACCGCCGGGAGGCAUCAGGAUAGUGCCACCUUGUCCGAAGGCUUCGGAGCCUUCAGCGCCCCCGAUUCCGCCGAAGGACGCUUACAUGGCGGCGCCACCACUUCCGGCGAAGUCUCAGCCCUUCAAGCGGUUCCCUGAUUUGGACCCUUUUCCUUACCAACCGGACGCCGGGACCGCGAAGGUUGCGAAGGUCCCACCACCACCGACACCGUCCAAGUUCGUCAAGGGCGAGUUCGCCGGCAGCGACUACGAGUCCGACUUCGAAAGUUCAACCUUGACCAAGUGGCGUGCUUACGAGAGUGACAACGACGCGCCCAGGUACAGGAGAGUCAAGGCCCCCGUUCCAAAGGGCCCAACAAGACCCAGAUCCACCGAACCCGAGCCUCUGCCUCCAUCCAGCUUCGAGGUACCGCCACCGGACUUCACAGGACCACCACGUCCCACUGUGACUAAGGAGUAUCAGGAAAAGUCGUCGAAGAAGACGAUGACCCGGCACGAGAGAGACCUCAAACAUCAGCAGACCGUCCAGUCGCCACCUGAUCUGAAGCCCGGUUCACCGCCGAUCUUCGUUCAGCCCAAGGCGCCGAAGACCCCGCCGAUUUUGGCCCCGAAAUCGCCGACGAAGGUCAAGCCGGAGUCGCCAAAGUUCAAGGUAAAGAGCUUCCAGAAGGCCGAGAGUGGCUACAUGGCCGACACCGACGAGCCAUUCCAACAGCACUCUGCAUCCACGGUGCACAAGUCGUUCAGCAAGCAUGAAGGAUCCUCAUCCCACUCGGAAUCGCACACUUCGUACUCGGAGUCCCAUUCACACGUGAUCAAGAGCCAGGCGUUCAGCAGUAGCAAGAAGGAGUUCAAUUCCUUUACUGAGAACCCGCCGCAAGUCCAGCAGCAACAGUCCUGCUUCCUCGAGAAGACUACAUCUUCAGGCGGAAGUGGUUCAACUCAGUUCAAACCUGCCAAGGAGACGGUGUACACUAUAAAUCAGAGCAGCCAACAGCAGCACAAACAGGAAACGAAUUUCGAGCAGUUCCCUUACAAAACAAUUCCUGUGAGAGUAAGCCAAGGUAAACAACAACAACAUCAACAACAACAACAUCAACAACAACCAACCAAGACAGAUCCCCUACCAACCCCACCCACUGUGUUUGACAACCCUCCAACAUACUCUGGUCCACCUCGUCCCGAAUUCAAAACAUCCGACAGAUCCGCGGUGACAGUAAAGGUAACAAAGGAUGCUAAACAGAUCGACAAGCACCAACGCGUGAUACAGAAACCUUCGCCGAUUUCGCCCCAGUCAAAGAAUCUCGAGCUCGUAGUCGCCACACCAGCGAGACCGAAGUCGGUUUUGCUUCCCGGUUCACCGCCGGUUCUGGGCUACGUGCCACCAUCGCCCAGCAGCGACCAUCAUCAGCAGCACCAAACCUUCUACGAGGCUCGAACCGGGGUACCGUUCCACAACGCGGUUGGAACGGAAACGAAGAAGACAGUCCGGAUGGACGAGUCGACGGAGAACACCAGGAGGAUCGUUACCGUCGAGCAGACCAGCCGCGUCAUUAAGUUUGGAGAGAAUUCUCAGAACCUACGAAACGCCGAAAACCACGGCGGGUUCACCAGGCAGAGCAGCAGCUCCCAGAAAGGAAGGCACAGUGUGCCGACGCCGACGAAAUUCGUUCAAGGUCAGUUUAGGGAGUCCGACUACGAGAGCGACGCGGACAUUCGUAUAAAGCCAAAAUGGGCGCCGGCUGACAGCGACACCGAGGACCUUCACUACCGGAAGGUUCAGCCGCCGAGGAACGCGAGGUCCUCGAGUGUACCGGUUCAAGGUCAAAGGGUCGAGCGCGUGGUGACUCCUAUGGAAUUCGACACUCAGCCACCGCUGAUGCCGCAGCCUACCUCUUUCGCUCAGCAUCUUAACGACGUUACCGCGGAAAAGAAACGACUCCAAAGGGUCGAGGAGAUGAGAAAGAGAUUCGAUUCUCAGACGAAAAUAUCCAGGCAACGAUCCUACGACUCGUCUGUCCAAGGACAAAAUGUCCUGAAGCCAGGAUCACCGCCGGAAUUCGGCUACGUUACGAAGUCCGACUUUAAACAGGCCGCAAAUACUAUGGCUUCGAAACACAUGAACGACAUGACAUCGAGCUUUAAGUCGAAGACAGAAAAAUUUGUCAAAGAUAUUGCUAGUGAUAUGAGAAAGAAGCCCAUAUUGAAACACGCUUCGGAGGAUCGAUCCCCAGACACAGACGAUCCGCAAGCCUACAGAGAAGAAUCCAGACUCGCACAAUACGGGACGAAACACAUCGACCCAGACACCGGGCUCAUAUACUUCAAGUACGAUUUUGGGUACGAGUUUGGAGUGAUUCUUCCGGGUGAAGGCAAGAAGACGGUGAGCAGCGCGGCGAAAUCGAUACGCGGACAACGGCGUGCAAGCGACAUCGAAGUCCCGAUAACCCACGAGUUCACGACCAGAAAGGAAAACGGAUUUUCACGAGCCGCAAGCAAGUUCGAACCGACGGGAAAGUUCCCGAGCUCGAAGACGGUGAAAUGGGGCGAACCGACCUCCGAGAGUGAAUUCUCCGAGGCCGAAGACUCCAGGAGCAAAACGAGGAAAAAUCUUUUUUCUCCCGGGAAAAAUCUGCAAGCUCCGAGUGUCGCGAUCCCGCAAUCCACCAGGUGGCUAGGCGACAACACCCCCAGCCCAAUGUCGCUCAGUCCAAGCAUACCGAGUCUCUCGCCUCAUCAGAGCAGCAUCAGCGCUGGACCCCCAAGUAACGUUGACUCUGCAGGAUCGCCAUGGCCAACGAACGGUGCUUCAUCAACCAAAGAGAUAAUCCAGCCGUACUUGGACAUUCAGCCAAAGAAAGCGCCAGUUUUUAUCACGCCCCUGCGAGACAUCGCUGUUGUCAGCGGACAAACGGCCAGAUUCGAAUGCAUCGUUCAGGCCGAACCACAGCCCAACAUCCUCUGGUCAAAGGACGGAAGGAUCAUCGAGAACUCUUCAAACAACGAUAUUCAGUACAGAAACGGCGUCUGUCGCCUGUCAAUACCCACCGCCUAUCCCGAGGAUGCAGGGGCUUACAGCUGCACGGCGACGAACAAUCUCGGCUCGACGAGCACCUCAGCCACGCUGCUUGUACCAGGUAACAGACGAUCAGUCUAUAACGCAAAGUAAUAUCGUACCUACUUAGUUCUGGGUUAGAGUUCAUCGGAACAUACCUAUACUGCGUCGGCCUGUGGAAUAUGUAAGGUGGUGGAUUAGUGGUGAGGCUAUAAUAAUUGUGUAUAACGCUGUGUAUCGCAUUGAGAUUUACUAUUGUUACUGUAAUUCUUAUUUUCUUGAACAGAAUAUGUUUAAACAACGUGAUAUGUCAACUGAAAAAUCGAUUCUAAUAGAGUCAACGGUCGGAUUUUAUUGUACAAAAGAAUAAUCAACGAGCACGGGAAAAAAAAAACGAAAACAAAUGACAAAAUUAUUUUUGCUACUUAUAUGAUAUUGAGGGUGAAUCUCGUUUUCAAAGGUAGAAUACGUGAAUUUUUUUUUCCUUGAUACCACAGCUUUUGAUAUUACCCAUCGUUUCAUAUUAUACAUAUAAAUUAACUGUAAUUUACUCAGCUAUGCGUUAUAAUUAUUAUCAUUAUUACGGUAUUGAAUUACACAUAUAACUAUAUAUACACCGAUUUGGUUGCAGAAUGUUUUUGUUUUUUGUGCAUUUUUUGCGAUGAAAAAUUAACUAAAUUGUUAUUACUAGUCAAUCAUUCAGAACAACUCGGUGUCGAUCGAAACGCUCCUUGCUGGAAGCUUCGAAAAGCUUGAUUACGUAGACAGCUCGUGCUUUUUGUCGUCAGGUUGUGUUUCUUUUUUCGUUUUGUCUAUUGUUCAAUUCUCUAUUUAUUCUAUUUUUUUGUUUUUUCGUUUACGUAGAAAGCUUGUUCGAAUGCAUUUUCAUUGGUGGUCGUUCUUGCAAAUUGUCUCAUUUGAGUAAAAUGGAAUCUUUAUAUUAUCUCACCCUCCUCGAGUCUCAAUUUUUAUUUUCGUCUAUACACAUAAACAUAUAUAUAUAUAUAUAUUUUUUGAAUAUUGAUCUACACUAUUGAUAACAUGAAACAUCUUUGCCUGCUGCUUGACGAGGUAAUUCGUAUUUUUCUUUCAUUUUCUUCCUCUUUAUUUGUGUUAAAUAUUUAUACACAUGUAUAUAACAACUCAAUUGUCACUAUUCUUUGACGCUGUGCGAAUAUGCUUUUACAAUUCGAUUAAUUUUACGCAAUCGUGUACAGAAUUUUUCACAAGUAAACUUUGUAGAAGAAGAAAUACAAAACUAUUCUAGCAAAAAUCUUGUAGAGAAACGUAGGAAAAUUAUUUUUUGCACAAGAAUAUUCGGACAGCGUAUAAUAAUUCUCGAUCACACAAACAAGCUAGUCAGGUUAUUUCAGCAAAUGAAUAACCAUCUACAAGGUUGAAUAUGUAUAACGAAAAUGAAAGUAACAUUAUAUUUAUGGUUUAAUUUGGAGGAGGUCUUGCCUCUGUUUAAAUACUUCCUACCUCCGGCAUAAUUGUCCUUUUGGAGCUUUUGUAAUACCUAAUUGACAUGUCUCUAUUACCUGUUAUAGUCAGCAUUGAAACGCAUCUAUUUAUUGUAGUUAUUAUUCGAUUAAUAAAGUGUAUAUCACCUAUCUACGUACACACAUAUAAUGGUAUAUUAUAUUAUAUAAUGUAAAUAAACAAUGCUUCAUCUGCAAUAUAAAUUACA